CUCUCUCUCUAUGAGAAACAUGGAUUUGAUCACUAAGUUUAUGAACUUAUUUGCACCUCCCACUCUCCUAACGGCUCUCUUUUUCCUCCUACCACCCUUAUACUUCUUCAAGCUCUUCCUCUCCUUCAUCUCCUCCCUCUUCCCCGAGGACAUGUUGCACAAGGUGGUUCUCAUAACUGGUGCCUCCUCCGGCAUCGGCGAGCAAAUGGCUUACCAAUAUGCAAAGAAGGGAGCCUGCCUGGUCCUAGUGGCAAGGAGAGAGAGCAGCCUCCUAGAGGUUGCUAAGAGGGCUCAGGAGCUCGGCUCGCCGGACGUGCUAGUCCUCCCGGCUGAUGUUGCCAAGCCGGAAGAGUGUCGGAGGUUCAUCGAUGCCGCCAUCAGCCACUUCGGCCGGUUGGAUCAUCUUGUGAACAAUGCGGGCAUCGCAAAUCUCUGCAUGUUUGAGGAAGCUGAGGAUGUAACCAAUUUCACGCCUGUUAUGGAUGUAAACUUCUGGGGAUCCAUCUAUCCGACUUACUUUGCACUCCCUCAUCUCAAGCAGACGAGAGGGAGGAUCGUUGUGAACUCCUCUUCUGCGGGGUGGUUACCGAUGCCAAGGAUGAGCUUCUACAAUGCCAGCAAAGCAGCAUUGAUAAAUUUCUUCGAGACGCUGCGAAUAGAAUUUGGUCAUGAAAUUGGAAUAACAAUUGCAACACCAUGGUGGAUUGAAUCCGAGAUGACCCAAGGCAAAUUUCUUUCCAAGGAGGGCAAGAUGGUAGUGGACCAGGAAUUGAGAGAUAUUCAAGUUGGCUUGUUUCUGGUAGGGUACUCAGAUGGUUGCACCAAGGCCAUUGUGAACGGCGCAUGCCGGGGCGACCGGUAUGUGACCGAGCCAUCAUGGUUCAAGAUGUUGUACCUAUGGAGGGUGUUUGCCCCAGAGGUGAUGGACUGGUUUAUCCAUAUGCUCUAUGUGACCAGGCCUGGCUCUCCUAGUUGCGACGCACUGAGCAAGAAGAUACUGGAUUUAAGUAAAGCCAAGAGUGUCCUCUACCCUUCUUCAAUCCAGACUUCAGAGAUCAAGAAAGAGUAG